AUGGGGCCGCGCAGAAGAUUGCCCGGGGGGCGGGGAUUCCCACCCCGCGCCAAUUUCACCGGCGCCAAAAAGCGCUUCGCAUACGAUUUUCGUAGCGAAUGCGAUGCGCAAAGGCCCAAGCCACUGCUAAGUAGUGGCGUUAAGCGGAACCCUGGCCAUCUUACAGAACUUCAAACGAACGCAACGCCCCUGACGCCAGCCAAACCUGCAGCCCCCAUGGCGCGUCGGGCAUUAAUUAUUGCUGUAGGGUGGAUCUGGAAAUCGUCAGAGCAUCCCCCUGGCGAAAACAGCGGGCUAUACGCCCCAUUCAUACACGUGAGCAAAGGGGUGGGGCGGGGGCGCGGCGAUAGUGUUAAGAAAAACUUUUUCUUCCAAGCGCUUAUCGCCUACCUUCCCAUAAGUGGACAACUGCCUUGA